UCCUCCUCAUCAUCAUAAUAAAGUGCGGAAAUGGGCCCAGGAAGUUUAAAUGACUUAACCCGGGUCACACAACAAACGACAGAACCAGGAUUAGAAACUACGUCUCCUUGCCUCCUUACCCGACUCUGCCUUCAUCUCCGACAAUGAGUCCCAAGAAAUUUCCUCCAAGAAAUAUCAGCUGCAGCAUCUCGGCUCCUUUGCUUUUGAGAGCCGUCCCACAAAUAACAAAAACAUGAGAUGUUGAUUCUUUGCCUGGAAAUCCCUGAGCCGUGUAUAAGUUGAACCAAGGAUCCCUUCUUCCAUCCGGUAAAGAAUGUAUCGGCCUGGCUGGGUGUCCCAGCCUCCCAGAUCGUUAAACCCAUGGACCGUCGCUCUGCUGGUCGGAGUGACCGUGAUUAUAUUGGCAGUGGUGAUUGGCCUCCUCGUCUACUUCUUGGCCUUUGGUCAGAGGUUAUUCUACUACCAAGGCACGAUCCAAAUCACCAAUGUCCAAUAUACCCCACAGCUGCAAGUACCAACAUCACCACAAUACAGAGAUCUGUGUAAGAAUAUUGAGAAUAUGAUAGAAGAUAUCUUUAAUCGGUCGGAACUGAGAAACCAGUUCAUCAUGUCUCACGUCGCCAGAUUCAGACCGAGCAGCCGCGGUGUGGACGCAGAUGUCAUGAUGAAAUUUCGAUUCAGAUCCAAUAACAACAGAGCCUCCAUCAGGAGCACGGUCGAGAGGAUUUUGGUGGAUAGGCUGGGGACAUCGGGGACGCUGCAAAUAAAUCCCCUCUCAACCGAGAUAACACCACUGACUAACGAAGAAAUAGAAAACAUUUUCAUCCGUGCCUGUGGGAUGCGGUCCAACCCGAUGACCUCCUCAGGUGACAGAGUGAUGGGCGGCUCGCUGGCCCAGGAAGGAUCUUGGCCGUGGCAAGCCAGCCUCCAGCUCCGGAACGUCCAUCACUGUGGAGCUGUCCUGAUCAGCAACACGUGGCUGUUGACAGCAGCUCACUGCUUCCGAGAAAACAGUGAUCCACGCCAGUGGUCAGUUACUUUUGGCAAUUCCAUACGUCCACCUGGCAGGAGAAUAGGAGUCCAGCGGAUUUUGAUCCACAGGAACUAUCGAUACCCACGUCACGAUUUCGACAUUGCAGCGGUCCAACUGUCCUCUGGAGUCACGUUUACCAGAAAUAUCCACCGAGUAUGUCUCCCGGGAUCCAGCCCGCAGUACCCACCGCGGACGAUGGCAUACGUGACGGGGUGGGGAUCCACCAUGCCCGGCGGGCCGACGCAACCCAGGCUCCGACAAGCCGAGGUGGAAGUCAUCAGCAACGAUGUCUGCAACAGCACGUCUGCUUACGACGGGGCCAUCACUGAAGGCAUGCUGUGUGCUGGAUACCCCCGAGGUGGGGUGGACGCCUGCCAGGGUGACUCUGGUGGUCCGUUAGUUACGGGAGACUCAAGGCAGAUCUGGACGCUCAUUGGACUAGUGAGCUGGGGUUACGAAUGCGGGGUGCCGGACAAGCCCGGAGUCUACACCCGCGUGACGGCCUACCGCGACUGGAUUAGGGAGCAGACUGGUGUCUGA